ACUCAGAGGUCACACAGAGCUAAAAGAUGGGAGGAGAAAUGGAGAAGAUGGUGGCGGUAGGCCUUGUUUGGGGAGCCACAAACGCCUUGAUGAGAAAAGGAGCACUUAAAUGGGACGAGAAGCUCAGAUCUUCCAGCCAUCCAGACACGCCGCAACACCCAGUCCUCAAAAUCCUCAACAACUGGUUCAACCUGCUAUUGACUUGGCAGUACUCUCUGCCAUUCCUCCUCAACCUUUCCGCCUCCGCAGCUUUCUUCGCAAUCCUCAGCGAUACGCCCAUUUCUGUAGCUGUUCCAGUCACCAAUGGGACGACGUUUGCCGCCACCGCCGUGUUUGGGAUGCUUCUCGGCGAAGAGACCCGGGUCGGGUUUGCCCUGUUUGGUACUUUUCUGAUUGUUCUUGGAGUUUAUAUUUGUGUCAUGUGAAUACAUUUUGAUCAAAGGUUACUUAAUUUCUUUCACUUUUGUACAAUUGAGUUACUAAACUUAAAAGAUGUGCAAUCAGACCAUUAAACAAACAGAUUAUGUGCAAUUGAGAUAUUUUUAUGAUUUCUUUUAAUACAAUUUAAGUUGAAAAUAUUUUGAUCUUUCAUCGCAACUAGUAUGACAGGAGAAAUGGCAAUUUUUAGUACAUGUAAGUUAUAUGGUUGAAUUUUACCUGGAAAAAUGUCCUACUUGAGCAUAUUUUACUUGUUUAAUGGUUUAGUUGCACACUUUUUAAGUUCAAUGACUCAAUUGCAUAAAAACGAUAAAUUUAGUGACAUAUUUGAUACUUUUUCCAUUUUAGUUUUGUAAGUUGUUCUUAGUUCACUUUGAGUUGAGUAAAUGGAGUUGUGCUUAAAAGGGAUUAUGGGUUAAAUGAUUAAUUGGCAGCUAGAAAGAUUGAGAAAAAGUUGAAAUGGAAUGAAAGUUUGAAUCUUUUUGUGCUGCGAUAUUCUGUGCAGUCUGGUUCUUGAUUGAAGUGGAAAAUUUUGUGAAACUUUAUUGCUAUGAGAAAUGAGUGUUGUUAAGAAACAAAGACUGGGUUCUUGGUGAUUAUGGAGCAUUAACAUGAACACAUUACUUUGCACUGGAAGAUAGACAUCAGUGGGGCAGUUGACAUUCUAUUCUGGUCUAUGAUAUUCCUAGGAGUCUGGGAUAGAUUAUUCACAAUUGAGGAGCAUAAGUUGAUUGGUUGGAACCAAAAGAUUCUGUUUCGAUAUUACCUAGUAGAAAGAGAUUCCUGAGUAAUAGAUAUAGGUGUGUGAUAGGGUUCUGGCCUAAAAGACGGUUAUGGAGGCUGAUUGAUUGGCAGAAGGAAAGAGGGCUACACUAAGUGUGUUGUUUAAUUGGUACUUGAGUGAAUGAAACAGCCAGCUUCUUGUGGCUCGUUGAGUAUAUUUCUCCGGCUUGCGAUUGCUUAGUUGUGCACUUGCACUUCCAAGCCUGCCAUAAUAGAAUAGAUAGGCGAAGCAGUCAAUAGCUUGUGCACUUGCACUUAUUAUACUGCAAUUUUAACAAGGGCUAUUGGAAGAUUGAGUUUGUUAGUCACACACCGAUCUUCUCUUUUUAGUUCUUUGAGACACAAUUUUAUAAAGGAAAUGAUACAAAUGUAUGAUCAAAUGCUAGUUUGUGAGUGUUGUUGUCUGAUUUGCCA